AUGAGUUCUCCGAACAGGACAAAAUCGCCUACUCCAGGUCCUGCCCAGUCGCCCACGCCUGCUCCCUUGUCUCCAGUGGCCGAUGAACCUUCAGAGCCCAUUGGUCUCUUAGCCGGCUCGCAUUGGGCUGAGCAGGAGCUUCCGCUUGCUGAUGAUGCCGACCCGACGCUAGGCAGCGACGCCGAGAGUUCAACCGCUUCGAUCAGCUCUAGUAUUAUGAGGUAUCGUACGAUCAGAGGCCGCACGUACCAUAGUGAUGCCGCUACAGAUCAGGAAUAUUGGGGUCCAAAUGACGCCAAAGCCAAUGAGAUGCUGGAUAUCUUCCACCAUUUCCAGACCCUGAUGUUCGACGGAAAGCUGCAUACGGCCCCUCUCAAGGAUGAUAUCGAGAAUGCACUUGAUGUUGCCACCGGUACCGGACUUUGGGCGCUUGGUCUCUUUGCACAUUUGUUCUUCACGCAGGAUAUCGAAGGUUUCCUCAACUACUUUCUCGGCCAGAUUAUGGGAUGGUCCGAACAAGAGAUGAAGAACUACGCUGCUUGCAUUCGCCAGGAGCUCAAGGGGCAGAAGAUCUACGCACAAUUCAAGUGGCGCGUGGUCCUUGCGCAGAAGCCACAGGAUGAUUAG